UUAAACCCAAACAGGGCUCUUCCAUUUCAACGAAACCCAAAAGUUCGAGACUUGCGACUUCGCGAGGAACGAGAGAGCGACUACAGUGGUCCGAGAUUCGUACACCAUGAGAAGGGUUAACGGAAUCGCUUUCCUCACCAGAGUAGCCAUUUCUAUGGGCGGCGCCACCACAACCACCUCCGCAACUCAACACCGCCUGGUUCACGCAGCGAUGUUGAGCACGUGCUCGAAUUCGAAUCCGUUGUGGUUCACACAGAGGCUCGGCGAUCGCUUCGGCCUAUCGAAACCCUCCUCUGUGCCUCGCUGCGCGGGAGGGCACAUGUGCUUCUCGGCAAACGCCGCCGCGUCUGCGGCUCAGGAGGUGCACCCCCACGUGAAGUCCCUCCCCCAAGACGUCGUGCUCUACCAAUACGAAGCUUGCCCUUUCUGCAAUAAGGUUAGAGCCUUCUUGGAUUACUAUAACAUUCCGUACAAAGUUAUGGAGGUUAACCCCAUCAACAAGAAAGAGAUUGAAUGGUCUGAUUACAAGAUGGUGCCGACCUUGAAAGUCGACGGCGAACAGAUGGUUGAUUCUUCAGAUAUAAUUGAUAAGCUACACCGAAGGAUCAAUCCUGAAAACACCUUGAAUAGCGAAGAAGAAAAGAAAUGGCGUCGGUGGGUGGAUAAACGUUUAGUACAUGUUUUAUCACUAAACUUAUAUCGAACUGUUUCGGAGGCUUUCGAGUCAUUUGACUACAUCACCAGUCGUGGAAAUUUCAGUUUAUAUGAAAGGAUGGUAGCAAAGUACGCUGGAGCUGCUGCUACGUAUUUUGUGUCAAAGAAACUAAAGAAGAGACACAACAUUACUGAUGAACGUGCAGCCUUGUAUGGAGCUGCAGAAACAUGGGUGGAUGCUCUUAAAGGCAGACAAUUUCUUGGUGGAUCAAAUCCUAAUUUGGCCGAUCUUGCUGUAUUUGGUGUUUUGAGGCCUAUUCGGCACCUUAAAUCUGGCAAAGAUAUGGUGGAGAACACGCGGAUCGGUGAAUGGUAUACUCGAAUGGAAAGUGCUGUGGGAGAGCCUGCCAGAGUCGGAGUCUGAAGGUGGAACUUAUUUGUUGCUUCAGAUAUCAUGGAUAAAUGACAUCCCUUGAACUUUACCUAGUAUGUUACUGGUAAUAUGCAUCAUGAGAUAUUCAGACUUCGCAUCAAGUUUUUUUUUUUUAAUAAUUAUUUUAGGAUAUGAGUUGUUAUGGUUGAUCUUGUUAUUAAAAUAUACAAAUAAAAAGAAAAUCUGUCAAAUUAUUUC